AUGAGGACUGCGGUCCUAUGGGUCCUGCUGGCCCUGCUGUGUCAGCACGCACUGGUUAACAGCCAUGUACUGGGAAGGCCCUCCUCUACCAGUGACCUGGCCCAGCUGAAGUCUUUACUGGAGCGCAUUGAGGAGACUGUGGCUGAAGCAGCCCAGGAGGAGGCCUCUGAAGCUGACUACACAGGAACAAACCAAGAACCUGAGCGUGGCCAGACCAGCCGAGGAUGGAGCCUGGACCAGGAGUUGGACCAAGAACCUUUGAUAUCAGACAGAUCUCAACCACCCGCUGAGGGCCAGAGCAGGGCCGCGAGUCAGAGGAGCCGCCUGCAGGACUUGCUGCUGACCGCCAGGAAACGGGCCUCUGGCUGCUUUGGAGCCAGGAUGGAUCGAAUAGGAAAUGCCAGCGGUCUGGGAUGCAACAAUGGAAGAGGUUAGGCUGAUAGUUUCCUGGGACAGAUGUUGGAUUAUUGUUUUAUUAUCUCCAACUGAAGACACAACCAAAGACAUCGGAUAUGUAUGAUUUUGCAUUACUGACAGUUCAGCUGUGUGUAUCUCUUGUAUGUAUUUCUGUUUGAAGUGACAAAUGGGCUGUUUGUCCAUUCCAUUAACACCACAAAGGAGAUGAAUUAAAUACAUAACUGCAUGUGGAUUGCUACCAAAAUCAAAUAAAAAUCUCUUUUUUCAUAUGAA